AUUUAGACGGCAGUGGUUCAGAACAAGCGACGGCCAGGAAGAAACUUGAAACGUAUUACGACCGAUAUCAUGCACAUGUUCAGCCGAGGCUUAACCCAAUUUUCGUUCGAUAUAAAUUCAAUAUGGAGACUCAGGUAGCUGGAACAAUCAAACAGUUUAUAACUAAACUACGAACUUUAGUGAAGGACUGCGAGUAUACAAAUCCAGUGACGAAAUGAUACGUGACCGUAUAGUGUUCGGGACAUCGUCUGAAAGAGUCAGAGAAAAACUUAUCAAUGAAAGGACAAACUCACCCUCGACAAAGCGUUUCAGAUAGCCCAAACGCACGAGUAUUCACAGCAACAGUUGAAGACCAUGUUUCAGCAGGAGGUACAUGGAAUAAACAGAAGAAACUCUAAUCGACAAGGACAAUCAUACCGCAAUCAACAAAUAAUUGGAUAUGAGGAUAAAGAUGAUGUAAGAGAGAAUCAAGACGAAAGAAGGAGAUUGGAUCGGAAAAGAAGAGAUCCAAGCAAUCAAGAAUGCUCAAAAUGUGGCAGAAAACACUCCAAGACAGAUAAGUGCCUUGCACAAGGGAAACAAUGUAAUAAAUGCAAUAAAUAUAAUCAUUUUGCAAAUAAAUACCUUUCUAAAAGUGUGAAUAAUGUGCAUGAUGUAGUGUGUCACUACGAAAAUUAACUACAAUUAGAUGAAGAGUUUGUUAUAGAUUGUAUACAGUGUGAUACAAAUAGCCCCUCUGAUAAUCAAGCCUUUUGCCCAUUCUUAGUAGGGUCUAAGCAGAAAUCAGUUAAGUUUAAAUUAGAUACAGAGUCACAGGUUAAUAUUUUACCCAAAUCUAUUUAUAAAUCCUUGGGUGUGUGUGGAGAAUCCCUUGACCGCCCCAAUGAAACACUGUCAGCAUAUAACAAUAAUAGGUUAUUAUUAUACAUUUAAUAUGUAUUCUCGUUUCUAAUUGGUCAGAAAGCACCGGCUAAUUUUCAGUAUUCGGUAUUUAUUACGUAUUUUUCGACGAUGACGUCAUCAGCGUCCAAUUUUUGUUUUUUUGGAUCAAACUUGCAUCAAAAAAAAAAUUAUUGGACUCUCUCGUGCCCAAACCCUUGCAAACAAUGGCCGACAGCAGAUUUGCUUCGCUGAAUGAAAGUGAACUCUCCGAAUUAUUGGCAGAUAAGGAUAGUGAAAGCACGAAAAAAGCCACAAAGGGGUAAAUAGAAGUAGAAAUAGAAUAUUUAGCUGACCUUUGACUUUGUGCAAGGCGUUUGAUAUUCAAAUUGUACUUUUCCUACCUCAUGAACAGGAAGCGUUUUAUACGUUUCUCAUGUCUUUAAAUGUAUAAUAAAACAAUUAUUGGAUUCUGCUUUCGCAUGAUAUCAAGAAUUAUUCAGACCUCGGUCUAUGUUAUCCGCCUCAGCUUCGCUUCGGCAGAUAACAUUGACCUCGGUCUGAAUAAUUCUUGAUAUCAUACUCAACCUCAUCCAAUAGUUGCUUAGAAUCGCUAAGGUGUUGCCACUUAAGUGUAUGCACCAAAAAGGUAAGUAUACAAAUGAGAGUACACUUGCAUUCCAUGUAGUAGACACCCGGUCUCCUCCUAUAUUAGGCAUAAGACCUUGCAUCGACAUGGGAUUGGUUAAGCUAACAUACAUUCAUACAUGUACUUAGACAAAUCUCCAACACAAACCAUCAACAAGGGAGUCAAUCUUAGAACAGUAUAAGGAUAUUUUCGAUGGUAUAGGGUUAUUCGAAGGGAAAUGUAGUAUUCAAACUGACCCUACCGUGCCCCCAGUUGUACAUCCUCCCCGCAGAGUCCCAGUAGCCUUAAAAGGUCGAUUGAAGGAAGAGCUAGAGAGGAUGGAAUCCCUUGGAAUUACUAAAAAGGUUACAGAACCUACUGCAUGGGUUAGUUCAUUGGUUAUAAUACAGAAACCAGAUUCAGGUAAAUUGAGAAUUUGUCUAGAUCCAGGAGAUCUAAAUGUUGCAAUUCUUAGGCCUCAUUACACAUCCAGAACAUUGGAAGAAAUCUUACCUGAGUUAGUAAAUGCAAAGUUUUUCACAAAGUUGGAUGCUAAGUCAGGCUAG